UUUAUAUUCAUGUAUGAUAACGUAUAUAUACCAAAUGGAUACAUAAUAGAAUACCAUAUAUAUGUUUACAUAAUAUUUAUGAAACUAAAUUAGCAACUACAUAAGAGAUAAUUCGAUGAACAUUGUUGAAAACUUAACAUAUAAACAGCCAUGGAGAUUAUGGAAGAUGGGAACUUAGUAGAUCGCGUUAGAAUUUUAUUGCAACGGGACAUGCAAUAUUAUCAGGAGAUGCAGACAGUACUGAGAGAAGCUUUGUGCAUUCGCGUCAGCGGUGGAAAGCUCGAUUUUCCGAGACACGCCUCGUUUGCAGCAAUUAAAAUAGUUAUGUGGUGGGAGGCUGAAUUUUUGAUCACAUUUAAAAGGCCUUCAGGAUUAAGCAAUGUCAAAUGCAAAACUACAACGGAAAUCGAGACGGACGAUGGAGUCGUUAAAAAUAUUCUACCGACCGAAUUUGUUCAUAUGGUCGUCGAUACAGCCGAUCAAUUGCUCGAACAUUUGCAUACGUUGAUACAGGAGUGUCUGGAUCAUGCUGAUUUGACCGUUCUUACGGCUACGUUAGGAGCAGCGGCAUUGAUAAAAAAUUGUCUUUGGUGUUACAAUCAGCAUAUUAAAAAUGUCGUUUCUACCGGAAUAAGCGAGAAAAUAAAUAAUUGUUACAAGUCUUAUCAAGAAAUGACGGAAGCUGUCGCAGAAAGAUUACUUGACUUACAUUGCCGUUUAAUCUCUUUAUAUAUACUCAAUGAAGCUGAUUCUCUCGAUUGGCAUAGUAAUAAGUCCUUCUUCGAAAAGGAAAGAUGUUCUUUUGUAAUACAAAUGUGGUGGCUCUAUAUGCAAGGAACAAGAGCAGAUUUAUGGGAAACUGUACCUCCGCAAAUGGCACAACGUGUAUUCAUGGGAAUGUUAAACGAGUCUCUGUCUAUCAUCGUAACUCGAUUUAUUUAUGGUCGACCUACGUUGGCUAGAUCCGAACAAUUUUGGACAGAUGCAUUCAACGUUCUCUGUUGCACUGGAUAUCUCACUUUAGCUGCCUGCACUGAGAGUGAAGAGAUGAUAGGUAUCCAAUCGAAUAAAUUACCAACUGUUAUAAGGGAUGUGCAUGCUAAAUGUAACGAGUUGCUCGUUUGCUUAUUAUUUCGUGGUACACCAUUGGAAGAUUUGUAUCAGGCUUAUCGUAACGGAUUGGAAAAUUUACAAAUAUUACAACAACGACGUGGUCCUUCUCCUUGGAUAUUAAUAUGCGUUCCACAUUUGUUAGGUAGAUCUAAUUUAGACGUACAAUUAGACGAUCUAACCGAAGAUAGAAUCGUGAUUUUGGAAUUGAAUAUACUUAGGAAUCAACCGCAGCCCAAUUGGCCACAAUUGAUGAAAGUGAUAUCAAUGAACAAUUACGUAGUCGCAAAGAUGUUAUUGAAUAUGUUGGUACGUAAAUGCGUUGGAUUUACUUCCGAUCAAAAUUCCUUAAUAAUGAAAAAAAAUGAGUCAACAAACAAAAAAGGAAAUAAUAAAAACGAAUUGUAUAAUGAAAAAAAUUGCGGUGGAUUUUUGUGCCAAGAAUCGGGCUGUAAAAAAUUAUCAACGAUAUCACCGAAUUUAGGUCUUUUCAGUCUGACGUAUAUUCUUGCUAUUAUCGUUAACGAUCCUGAGGAUGUAAUUAUGCCUGCUUUGAAGAAGGAUCCGAAUUGGGCUAAUUAUCUCGAUAGGCAGCAGGUUUGGAAUCAAUCGAGACCACCAUGGUUAAAUGCACUUAUGGUACCUUUGAUAAGUACGAUGUCACCAAUAGUAGAGACCCUUUUGGAUGCCGUCAAGACAGGUGCAAGCAUAUAUCAGGCGAUGUCAUUAACGCUAACUUGUUUCACUGAAUUAUACGUUACCAUACCAAUGACAAUUUUGCGAACAUUAUUAGCUCUUAACAAAAAUAUACCAGCUCGGUGUCAUCCUCUUGGUGGUUCCGUAUUUCUUCAAAUUUUCUCUGCUGCCCUUUAUUCAAGUUUUCUCGAUAUCGCGACGAACGAUCAAACGGAUAUACAGAGCAAAACUUCAGUAGAAAUUAACUUAGAGUCUGGCACAUUUAAUCCGCAUGAUAAAAUAACUGCAUCGAAUGCACUUGCUGAAGCAAUUUGUAGCAUCGACGAGGAUAACAAACACACGGCACAGAUCGAUUAUUUUACGCAAGUGAUUGAAGACAGUGUUAAAGGAACGCAUCGAAGUUCUAAAUGCGACAAAUUAAAAGACAUGACUCGUAUCAUAGAAACAUACACCGACGAAUUGUUGUUCACUGAUACGGGAAGACAAUCUUUAAAAAUAACACACGAGUAUCUGCUACGUGCUUCCGAUUGGGUGUUAAAGGGACUGUGGAACGAAGGGAGCAACCCACAGCCGGAUUUAAUCGAUUUCUCCGAAAUUCCAUUGAAGGCAAAACCGCUAACCCAUAUCAUGUUUCACAUCGAAGAUACUGAUUUUGAUCAGUUUCUAACUAAUUACGAAUCAACGAAUUGGAAGAAGGUAUUGACAAUGCCAUUAUCCGUGAAUGUGGAACGCGUUCGUAGCCAAACCCUCGCUCGUCCGGAAUUCAAGAAUGUUGGUGAACUAUCUCAGGAGGAUAGAGAAGUGGUCAAUUCGAUUAAACGACUUUGUUCUUCAUCCGUACGAUCUACUCGUUUUAAAUGAGGGCUUAAUCGACAAAAAAAUAUAUAUACACACACACACAGACACACAUAGAUACAUAUAUACAUUGACUAUCUUACUUUCGUAUCUACUUACAAAAAAAAAAAAAAAAAAAAAGAAAGAAAAAAAAGGAGUAACGAUAAAAUGUAAUAUAAUUUACUUUCUUUUUCUCUUUCUCUUUUUCUCUAAAACACGCACGCACCUCAAUCAUUCAAUUAAAUAUCAUUGAAAUAAUUUCGAUUGGAGGAUUUAAAAACUCGUCAAAAUUUUUUCUUCAUUCUUUUCUCAACUUCUUUAUUUGUCGUAUAGAAUAGAUAAUGAUAAACUUUGACGAAUGAUUAUUUUAAUAAUAGAGAUAUAUCACUACUCAAGGGUAUACAUAUAAUAAUCUGGAGAAAGACGUCGCUUAUGUACUUAUGUAUAUUUCUCUUUUUUGAAGAGAAAGAAAUAAACGAAAAAAUAUAUAAAUAAAUAAAUAAGUAAUUAAAUAAAUAAAUAAAUAAAUAAAUAAAUAAACGUAAUGUAUCAUGACAACGUAAUUGCUGCUUUGGAAAAGAAAUCAAAUACCUCAUACCUUUAUUGAUUUUUCUUCUAUUCAUAUACAUUUUUCUUUCUAUUUUUUUUUCUUUUUUAUUUCUUUUUUGGCACAUAUAUAUAUAUAUAUAUAUAAUUUUUUUUUUUUUAUUUAUACUCAUUUAAUGGACGUUUUUGAAGAUACACAUCGAAUUUUUUAUGUGUAAUAUUUCAACGGAAUGAUGAGAAUUUGCGAGAAGAAGAUUCAUUUUUAUUUUAUUUUCGAAAAAGAAUUAAAAAAAAAAAAAAGAAAAAAGGAAAAAAAAGGAGAAGAAAAAAAAAAAGAAAAACAAUUGAAAAGAAAGGAAGAAUAAAAACAAUUUGUUUCUUCAUAAUCGACGGGUAUUUAGGCCAGACGCCCUUUUUUUUUUUUUUUUUUCGCUAAAACGAGACACUAUUUUAGCUUUCAGAAUGAAAACAAGCAGCAGAUAGUAACGAUUAGGUAUAUAAAGUUUUACACAGGACAAUUUAUGUAUGCAAGUUUCUACUUAGUUAACGACAAUUCUCUUAUCUAAUGGAAAGCUAUUGUAUUAAUCGUUUAAUCGACGAAUAAAAAAUGGAUAUAACGUGAGAUAAAAUGCGUUUCAUAUGUCCAUUCAAGAUUUUGUUACAUGAAUUAUAUUAUUUCUUAUGGUUCCCCAUUAAUACAAAUAAAUUAGAUAAAUAAUUACAGGAGCGAUUGGUUUUCAAGUUUCCAAAUGACGAUUUUCUUUUGAUAUUCUUGAUAUACAUGUAUAUAUAUAUAUAUAUAUAUAUAUAUAUAUCUCGUUCCUUUAUUCUUUUUUACUAUUUCUUUUUCCUUUUUUUGUUUUCCUUUUUCUUUUUUUUUUUUUUUUUCUUUUCCUGUUUGAUAGUAAAGAUAGAACAUCGCUGUUAUAAGUCGAAGAUGAAACGGAAGAAUCUUCAGAGAUAAUUAUUGAUUACGAAUUAAAUGAUGACGAUAAAUCUUCUUUUUUCUUUUUUUUGCUUUUCUUUUUUUUUUUUUUUUUCUUUUUGUUUGGUUUACUUUCCCACUGUCGUUAAUAUAAUAAGCGUAGAUACGAGAGAAGUUUUCUUACGCUUUAUCUAAGAUUUAUGAGAAAUAUAAGAGAGUGACGUCGUUUCAUAGCAAAGGAAAAAUAA